GAGCUAGUCAUCAAGUCGUCAUAAACACAUCAACUAAUGCCAUUGAUUUUUGAAAUCAUCUUUGAAAAAAAUAUACCCAAUGAUGGUUUUCAAAAAGAGAAGGCAUAGAAAGUGGAAAUCAGUAGGGCUAGUUGAAACCUUCAUUGCAAUUCUGAUAUUUCAGUUUGAAGAUGUAGCUGCUGAUUACUGUGAAUUUGGUUUAUGUGAUGAAAAUCAAUACUGCUGUGGAGAGAACAAGUGUUGUCAAAAAACAGUGGAAAUGUGGUACUUUUGGGCUGCUAUACUUUUGAUAGGAAUUGUUGUGUUGUUCUUGGUAUGCAUUUUUAUCAGUACAAGAAGUGGCCAAAAGUUCAGAGAGAACUAUCUAUAUACUAUAGUAGCUAAUACUGACAUGGAUGAUAGUGUAAUGGAACUGCCUUGACUUUUGGAUACAAUGCAUCCUUUGGGAACAUCUUGGCUACAUCAUACCAUAAACUCAUCUUUGUUGCUUCUACUAAGAAGUGAAUGCUGGAAACUGGAGACAUACUUCAACUAUUUUGAUCUUUGAAAAGUCAACUGAUGGUUUGGAGCAGAACUCAUCAACAUUAUUCAUCACUAUUACAACAAUCAUCAAUUCUCUUCAUCUAUACUUAUAUAAGUGGUGGGCUGAAAUUUCAAUUUGAUCAUGAUGCCCAUGGCUACCAAGAUUAUCAAACUGUUAUAAAUGUAGCAUGAAAUUUCAGAUGUUUUAACUCCUUUCACUUGAAUAAAAUUGAGAAAUGAUACUUAAUAAUGGUCAUUGCAAGAGUCUGAAGAUUCAUUCUGUUAGUAUGAUAUCCCUAAAUAGUACAGAGUGCAAAUUUACUAGAAAUAAAAUUGUAUACUAUUUUAACAAUAAUAGUUUAAUACCAAAUGAAUAAAGUUUGAAUUGUCAUUUUUCCAUAGUGCACUGUGUGAACUGCUACUAAAUGCAAUAAGAAAUAAAAAUAGGUAUUGUAGUACUAAUAGUAAGACUAAUAGUAAUAGCUGGGAAGUUUUACCAGAGAAU